UUUCUCUUUUCUUUCUCCUGUUUACUGGUUUUUCCCCCCUUCUUCUUAAUUUUCAAACCUUUCAAUUUAUUGGGGUUUGAGUUUAAACUUUUGUGUAUUUUUUUUGGGUAAUUCGUGAUUAUGUAAUGGUCUGCUGUUGGUUGACAUUCUGAAUGCUUUUAGUUUUCGAAGAUCUUGUCUAAUUAUGCCAAUUUAAUUGUGUAAUUAAAUUACUAUUUGCCUUGAGCUAUACGGCAGAAAACAUGAGUUUACUUUGUCACAGAAGAAAAAAAAUUAAGAAGAAGCUAACUCGACUUUUUGUGAAUAGUUAGUGACUUAUUGCAUUUUAAUUAGUUUUAUUUCUGAAUUUUUAAGGGCUUGUUUUGGGAGGUACAGGAUAAGAUUCUGGUAAACUAAGGAAUGGAUGUACUGAUUGCAAUGUAUAUUUAGAGAUUUAUGAUUUAUAUAGUAAUUCAGAAUCUAACUGGUUUUUCUAUCCAUUUCACCUCUACUUAUCUUGGAUAGAAUAGAUAAAAUAGGUUUAGGCAAAGUAGGGUUAGGAUUUAAAUGAUACAAAACUUGUGGGAAAUAAGAGCUACAAACAGGAUGCCUUGCAGGCAAAUUUAAUAUACUCCAAGAGUUUACUUUAAUAAAAUUAUUUCCUGAAGUCUUUACAGUUUUCUUUUUUCCCGCUAAGUCACGGCAUCAAGAUUUCUCCCUGUCCAAAGCCACAGAUUAUUAAGGGUUGACUGAUUGCCAUAAAUCCUUCAUUAAUUGCUAAGAAUGUCAUGAUCAGAAAGCAUAUAACUUGGCAUAGAAGAAUGGUACAAUUCAAUGGAAUCCUCGUCUUCUUUAUGCAAAAAGUUCAAAUAGUUGGAGUAAACAAAUGAAGGUCUUGUUCACAUAUCAAGAUCUUCUUAAAGUUGGAGAGUGAGUUGAUGAUUCUGGAUAAAAUAGUUUGACAGUGGAACAAAGACAACAAAAAAAGAAGGGCAACAAGGCAUUGCUUUUUUUUCCUUCGAACUCUAGAAAGUAAGUUUCAUGCUAUCGAUUGGGGAUAAUGAGGAUCAAAGCUUAAUCUUACUUGUGAACUUCAUUGAGGCAAGGAAAGCACAGAGAUUUGCCUACUACAAUAGAUCUGUUUUUUGCGAACAAGUCAUUUGAAAUGGUUGAUUUGUUAACUUCUACUUGCAAAAUCACAAGUGGUUCAAUACUUAUUACUCUUGUGAAUUUAGAAUUUGAUGUAGCUCUUUCUUCUUUUUGUUAAACCAGGUGACUAAUUGAAUGCAAAUUUUUGGUGCUUCUAGUAUACUAUGUACGAAUCUCGUGAAAUAAGCAUGAUUUGCAUAGCAGCUUAGGAGUGGGUAAGGAUGAAGUUGUGUAUUUUUUCCAGUACUGCCGGCCAGCUUUGAAAUCUUACACGUCUCUUAGUAUCUCUGUUUUUUGUGUCUUUAGAAGGACAUUCCGACCAACGGCCGUUUUCAAAUAUUUUGUUUCCUCUUUUUCCUUGGUCACAAGACUUUUUGGAUAUUGAACUACUUGAUUUAAAAGCUUAAGCUUUUAUAGAGAUUUAUUUGAAUACCAUUUAAAUUUGUUUUCAACAUGCCACUAACUCGUAGUAAUUCUUUUUCCUAUCAAAUCCUAAAACAAAAUCCACUAUAGUGAGCUAGCACUUCAUAAUUUUGAAGUCCAGUCUUCUAUAGAAAAUUAUGCUGUAUUGAAACAGAGCUGAAAUCGGAGUUAUCAAGUAUGAUCGUGUAACUCAGGAAACUUGGAGAGGGCUUAAUAAGUAGAGCUUGCAACUUUUGCUCUUUGCCUGAUCGUAAAAAAUGAGAUAUUAAGUGCCCAUAGUCCCCCCCACCAAAUCCACGGGUCCUCAGACCCAAAGAAUUGGAAACUAGUGGUGGAUGUAUAUGAUGAUCGGAGGACUAACGAUGUCAGUUUCAUCAGUUGAAAGUGUGGCACCAUUGAGCAGCGAUCUUUUCUAUGACAUUCUUAGACGUCUUGAUGGUGCGACUUUGGCAAGUGCAGCCUGUGCUUGUGCAACAUUCUGCUCUAUUUCAAAGGAAGAGCGAUUAUGGGAAAAUGUGUGCUCUUCUAUGUGGCCUUCAACUAAUCAAGAUGAUGUCAAAAGUUUGAUCAUGUCAAUUGGUGGAUUCAAAAAGUUUUAUGCAGAUUGUUUUCCCCUUAUUGUAAACGAGGUUCCUGAAUUUCGAUGGAAUGACAAUUUCGACUAUCCUGAAGAGUUGACCGAAGCUGAAUACUACGGUGAUGUAGAUGAGCUUGAAAGCGUUUCUCCAUCGGAUUUUGUGUCUAUAAUGGAUAUCAGAUACAAAGACAAAACAAUCUGUUCAAAAGUCCUGUGGGGAAUCCCUAAUGCAAAUGGCUUUAAUGGUUGGUUUCACAAUUGUCCAUUUCGUAUUGAUCUUCUUGCAUGUUCAGAUGAAGUGACACUUUCAGUCUCCGAUGGCCUGCCUCCAAUCAUUUCCAUUGAACGGGAAAGAAAAGACGGAAAUCUCUGGCAAGAGCUCUGGGAGGGCAUCCGGCUUAGUUGGAUUAUAGUCAACAGAAAAAUUAAAAAAGCUGCUAAUCUAUCCAGUUGGAGCCCACUUGGAGGGCAACGACAUUGGCCUACAGACAAGGAUUUCGUGGUACGAUUUGGUUCCGUUCUUCCUGCCCAAGAUAUUCUCCCUUGUGAAGUAGUCAAAUGCAUCCUUAUCAUGAAGUUCUGGGUUAUCCGUACUGAGGGCCAAACAACUCUCAAGUUGACGGAACUAAGCAUGCAACUGGAGGAUAUGGAUGGUUCUCAUGUCAAUGGCUGGAAAAGUUUGCUCGUCCUUAGAGAAGCACUUAGCUGCCAUAGGAGCAAGAAUUACAAUGAAGUCCUCGAGUCGUGCCAUUUGUACUCAAAGGUGCAAACGGAGCUCAAAGAGAAGAAGAUGCAAUAUGAAGACAUGUUAGACAAACUUUGGAUUUUAGGUGGCAUUGCUACCUGCAUUAGCUUUUAUUUGUACUGUUUGUGAAUACUACGUUGUUCGAGCAUGGCCAAAUAAAAUUUCUUCUCCCCUUUUUCAUAUGUAGCUCAAAUUUUAAGAUUCCAGGUUUGUCUUCUUAGUUUGUCAUAGUUUUUCUCUUUUCUUGUGAAAUAUAUCAUCAAGUUGUAAUUGGAAUAAGAGAGAGGUACUCAAAACAGGUGAAACAAGUAAUAGCUCAGUCCAUUAUAUAUCUAGUUUUUGCUAUUACAUCCAAGUCAAAUUUGGAUGUCUAAGUUGUAAUUUUAUCGUAUUUGUGUGACAUUUUUAUUUGAUUAGCGCUAAAGGCGCUAGUGAUUCUCUG